ACAGAUUGUUAGUGUUUAGUAACACUUUUCGAACAGCACAGAAUUUGUUGAAAUUGUUAGCAAAACAAAUUAUAUAAAUCUUGAACAAAAAAAAAAAUGGCAACACGUGUUGUGGCAACAGCAACGGUACGCGCUGUCACGGGACGAAAAUUAAUAGCAACGCGGGCCGCACUAACGCUGACGCCCGCUGCGGUGCAACGCAUCAAGUCGCUGCUCCAGGGUAAACCAGAGAUCGGUCUCAAGGUCGGUGUGCGCCAGCGCGGCUGCAAUGGACUCUCCUAUACACUGGACUAUGCCAGCACCAAAGAUAAACUGGAUGAGGAGGUAGUGCAGGAUGGCGUCAAGGUCUUUAUUGAUAAGAAGGCGCAACUAUCUUUGCUAGGCACCGAAAUGGACUUUGUGGAAUCCAAAUUGACCAGCGAAUUUGUGUUUAACAAUCCUAACAUUAAGGGCACCUGUGGUUGCGGCGAAUCGUUCAGCAUGUAAAGCGUUUGUGGGGGGGAGGGAGGCCAGCGCCAUGCUCUCUUUACAGAACCGGACCCGCCUCGCAAAAACCUAAAUUAUCUAAGUUUAUGUAGAGAUUACAGCUUGUGUUAUGUAUAUUUCUUUUUAAAUUCAAUUGUUAUUUUGCGAACGCUCGUUGCGAAAGCAUCUUCUCAAUUGUCUCGAUACGUUUGUAGACUCUACCACAUAAGGUGCUCCACAAAGCCGAAAAAAAAAGAAUAUUAUGAAAAUAUGCUUAAGAUUGUUUUCUGUAGUUACAUUUUAAUCGUAAGCGCGCGGCAAAUGAGCCCAAUUGACUCUGUUCUUAGGUUAUCCUUCAAAUAACAUAUACGUAUGUACAUUAGCAUGUAUGUAGUUCAAAUUAAAAACAAAUAGAAUACAAAAUGAAAAUUGUUUACUAACAAA